UAUGAAUAAAACAAGAUCAAGUUUUGCUACUUUAAGAACAAAAACACAAAUUAAUUAAGCUAGCUAAGGAAGCCUUCCUUGUCCAUAACAUCCUUCUUUUAACAUCUCUCAUGUUUGUUUAUGUACAACUUGUACUUAAUCAAUUUCAUUUUGUUCUGAAUGUCUUUUUGAAACUUAGCAUUAACAACAUUUGGCUAAGCAUAAAGAACAUAUAAUUGGAUGGAAUGACUUAAUGAUUCUUUGUAGAAGGUAAAGUGUAUCAGGUAGAUUGGGAGACGAGCCAUAAAAAGAAUUAAAUUAAAUAGUACUUUCUACCUAAGCUCAUUAAGCUAGCUUUAAAACAUAUAUUAAAAACUAAGAAUAAUUGAUUAAUAAUGAUUUUGAUGGAUUAGUAGCUAAAUUUACAGAAAUGAUUAAUAAAGUUAAAGCUGAAUUUAUGGCUCCAUAUAAAAAUUAUUUAUAAGAUCUUAUGGAUAUGGGAACUAUAUUAGAAAAAUUAGUAUCUGAUUAUUAUUUAGAGAAAAAUAAGGAUUACAAUAAUGAUUAUGAUAAUUUCUUAAGUGAAGUAAGUAAAUUAUAAGAUCAGUAAACUUCUAAUAAGAAAAGUGAUUAAAAUUAAUUUAAUCUUAGAAAAUUAAUGUAGAAUAUAAUACCAUUGGUUAGUAAGGCAAAUGGUCAGUUUUAAAGAGCAUUAUAAUAGUAAAAUUUAAAUGUUGAAGAAGGAGAGUCUCAAAAAUCAGGAUAUUCAUUAUUCAGUAAUAUGGCAUUGAAAUAGAGUGAUAAUUAAGUAUUAAAUGAUUUAGUUAAUGAUUAUAAAGUAUUGCUUAACAGUAGACCUUGUUAUAAAAAUUAAGGAUUAGCUUAAUAAACAUAUAAUGGAAUGUAAGAGUUAAUAGAUAAAUGUUAUCAUUCUUUGACAUAAGUAGAUUUUAUGUCUCCAGGCUACAAGAGUUAAAUGAUUAAAAUGAACAAAGAAAAUAUAAGUUUAAAGCAAUAAUUGGCAUCUCCUAAAGGUACAAAAUACUUGGAAACUAUAAUUAAAGAAUAAAGCACUAAAACAUUAAAAUAAUUAACUAAAUUAGAAGAAGAUGAAGAUGAAAUAAAAGAAAUGUAAUUAAAACAUAGAUUGAGAUAAACUACUUAAUUAAUCAUAUCUGAUCCAAUAACAUCAAUAUCAUUUGUGAAAACAAUCAAGACUACUCAUAAAUAAGGUAUUAAUUGUAUGGUACAAUUUGAUGAUGAUUUUAUUGCUACAGGUUCAAAUGAUAGAACAGUCAAAAUAUAUAGAUACAGGGUUUAUGAAUUAUUUAAGGAAAUAUAAUUUAAGAGUGAUGUUACAUCAUUGGCUGUUUAGAUAAGAAAGGAUGGUUCAUCUUUUUUGAUUGUUGGAUUAUUCAAAGAUAUUUGUAUUUUGAAUUAAGGAUUCGAAGUACUUAAGUAAAUUGAUAGAAUUCAUAAUGGUUAAAUCAAUUCUAUUGUUUGUUUAGAAGAUGCCACUACUAUAUUUAGUUGUGCAUAAGGUGAUAAUAGAUUAUUAUAAUGGAAUACUUAGAAUGAUUAAUAAAAAAAAUACUUUGAACAUAGAGAUUCUAUUACAUGUAUGACAUUACUUGGAGAUUAAUAUGUUGCAUCUGGUGGAAAGGAUAGAAACAUUAAAGUAUAUAAAUAGACAUACACAAAUAAUGUUUUUGAAAAAUUAUAAUUGUCGAUGAGUUUGUCUGAUGCUCAUCCAACAGAGGUUACUAGUUUAGCUUAUGGUGGAGGAAGUAUUCUUUAUAGUAGUAGUGCUUCAGGUGAACUUAAGGUUUGGGAUUUUAUGGAUGGAACAUUAAUAAAACAAGUUAAAAAUUAUGCUGGGUGGUGUUUCAGAAUAAUCAACUUUUAAAUAGAAGAGGAAUAGACUCCAUAAUAGAAGACAUAACUCUAAACAUCAAUUCCAUUAUGUGGAUCACCAAGAAGAAAGAAGCAAACAUAAAAUGAAUAUGAAUGUAUUAAAAACUGCUUCAUUGGAACUGUAAGUUUUGAUGGCACUUUCAAAGUAUUCAAUGGCAAAACUCUAUUGAAUGAUAAGUAUUUAAUUAUAAUUAAGUCAUUAGUCCAUAACCUAUGAUCACAACCCAACUGAAAUCUUUACACGAUUGUCAUCCAUUUGGUGGAGUAUUGGCUAUUAGAGAUAGUAUCACUGAUAAGAUUGAUAUAUUGAGUAGUGGAAAUAAGAACGAUUGCAAUAUCUAGUUGUAUAGUUUAGCAUAAUCAUGAGUCG